AACGAAACCUUGAACCGCAAGAUUUUUCAACAAAUAAUCGACUAUAUGUAUUUUUAGAGAGAAAUAAAUUCCCUCUCUUUUUUUUUUUGUAAAAUUCUAUAAUUUAGCUAAAAUGACUUUUCAGGUCGGCUUUUUUGUGCUGUUGUCAGUCACAACAAUUGGCGCUUUCCCGCGCAAUGCAUUUCAGCGGGAAUUUCACCGACACGUGGCGAAAGACUUUGAAUCCUCCGGGAAUGGACCAGACGAACCUGUUCGGGGAUCUGUCCGAAUUGUCAAACUAAACCCUCAUUUUCUGCGCCGGGCCGCCGUUAGUCAUGUGCCGUUCAGAAAUUCACCAAGUCGAGGCGCGUUUCCCGCGUUCUUGGCCCUCGGACGUCCGGGCCCCGCAAUCCUGACCCAUAGCAAACCUGCGCCUCAGGUGAGCAGCAGUGCAGACAGGAGGAAACAAGGGCUCGAGAUGUGGAAGAAAGUGGUGCACAAAAGCGAGCGAAAAAAAGAGGCAGUGGCUCUGCGCAUCAAUCCCAAAGACAUGAACAAACAGAGCUGUGCCGCAGUUCCCUUUACACAGCGCAUAACGGAGGAGGGCUGUGAGACGGUGACCGUUCACAAUAAUCUCUGCUACGGUCAGUGCAGCUCCAUGUUCGUGCCCUCCAGCGGAGGCUCUCACGGACAACAGAAAGCGCAGUGCACGCGCUGCGGCCCCUCUAGAGCGCGCUCCGUGCUCCUGCACCUGCGCUGCGGGUCUGAGGUGCGGGAGAGGCGCGUCCUGAUCGUUGAGGAGUGCAAGUGUGAAACCAGCAGCGAAGAGGCCAAAGUUCAGAACACAGAUAUGUUUAAUUUAUAACAGUCAUUUUAAAGUUUAUAAAAAUCGUAAAGGCAUUGCUAAUAUUUAACUCCAGAAUUAUUUAAAGCAAAAACGCACAUCAGUGGAAAAGUUCUCAACCAGGGCGCGUGACAAUAAUAUAUAAUAAAGUGAUAAGAGGAGCCUCUUAAACAUUAAAAUAAAGUCGGCACACCUCAGCCCCUCUCUGCAUCUCUACAAUAUUUUAAUUACGACCUUUCUGUGCAGAAGUUAGUAGUUAUUUAAGUUCAAUAAUGUUGUGUGUGUGUGUGUGUGUGUGUGUGUGUGUGUGUGUGUGUGUGUGUGUGUGUGUGUGUGUGUGUGACUAAUAGCCACAUCUAAUGGCUAAAGCAUUUGUUCGUUUUAUGUAAGUGGCCGAAAUAUUAAUUGGUUAAGACUGUGUUAAACGAGUCCCUGCAAACAGGAAACGUUUCUAUAAAUUGCC